AUGGCACCUUUUUCUUUUAUAAAAAUAUCUACAUUAAUCUUUGCAUACCUAUUCUUAUGGUAUCAAACCAAUUAUCACCACCAGGUGAGUGCAUUAAGCAGUUUAAAGGAUGAUGAUGUGUCAGAUACAACCAGUUUAACCUCCUCAGAGGAAGAUAUAAAUAAGACACAUGGUCGUUUAAAGACAUUACAAUCAGAUGGACCACAUGUUCCCCAUAAGGGUUAUGGGGAUUAUCGUCCUCCCCAAGGAAGAGGGGAACCCUCUCUUAGGAGGGGAGGGGGAGGAACUUCCCCCCCCUUUGGGGGACAAUAUCCUCAUCCUACAAGUAGAUAUGGAACACCAAAAAAAGACCAUGUCAAUUCCAAAUAUGGAACUUCAAAUUUUGGAACCUUGAACAGUGGAACACCAAAAAAUAAAAGUUUUUCUCGAAGGAGUAAAAGAGUAAAGGACGUAUUAAAAGCUUUAUGGAAGAAAUGUGUAUGUCAAGGUAAUAAACAUCGACGUUUGGUAAUAAUUUUUGCGGUGGUUAUUAUGGUGGUACUAUAUUUAUUAUUUUUGCAAUUUGGGUGCUCAGGUAUUGGAGGAACCCAUCAUUUCCUUUUCCCUAAAAGUAUGAAGAUGAUGGGUGAAAGUGGGUCGGAUGUUGUGAUAAAUAUUUAUUCUGCUGUUGAGAAGGCCUCAAAUACUGCAGGAGGAGCAUAUGUAAUUCCAGCAAUAAUUGGGAUCCUCGUUAUAGGUGCCCUAUUUGGAUUUUAUUGUUGGAAACGGGAGCAAUGUAACAAAAGAGAAAAAUUUUAA